GGAGCGCGGCGAGGAGAGCGCGAGCGGGCGAGCGAGCGAGGCCGGGGAGGGGGCCGGGAGCGAGGGGGCAGCUCGGGAGCAGCCGGAGCGGUAGCGGCGGCGGCGGCGGCGGCGAGGCUCGGCGCCCUCUUCUCUGCAAACCAUGUUUGCCAAAGGCAAAGGCUCGGCGGUGCCCUCGGACGGGCAGGCUCGGGAAAAGUUAGCUUUAUACGUCUACGAAUAUUUACUGCACGUAGGAGCACAGAAAUCUGCACAGACCUUCUUGUCGGAGAUUCGAUGGGAAAAAAACAUCACGUUGGGAGAACCGCCUGGGUUUUUGCACUCGUGGUGGUGUGUAUUUUGGGACCUUUACUGUGCAGCUCCUGAAAGGCGAGACACUUGUGAACAUUCGAGUGAAGCAAAAGCCUUUCAUGAUUACAGUGCGGCAGCCGCCCCGAGCCCCGUGCUUGGCAACAUUCCCCCCAACGAUGGGAUGCCGGGAGGCCCCAUCCCGCCGGGUUUCUUUCAGGGUCCUCCGGGGUCACAGCCCUCGCCGCACGCACAGCCUCCACCUCACAAUCCCAGCAGCAUGAUGGGACCCCACAGUCAGCCUUUUAUGUCACCGCGCUACGCAGGCGGCCCCAGGCCCCCGAUCAGAAUGGGAAACCAGCCUCCGGGAGGAGUUCCUGGGACCCAGCCACUGCUGCCCAAUUCCAUGGAUCCCACCCGACAACAAGGGCACCCCAACAUGGGAGGAUCAAUGCAGAGAAUGAACCCUCCCCGAGGCAUGGGGCCCAUGGGGCCCGGCCCACAGAAUUAUGGCAGCGGCAUGAGACCACCACCCAACUCCCUCGGCCCCGCCAUGCCCGGGAUUAACAUGGGUCCGGGAGCUGGCAGACCCUGGCCAAAUCCUAACAGUGCUAACUCAAUUCCAUACUCCUCCUCAUCACCUGGUACCUACGUGGGACCUCCUGGUGGUGGUGGCCCCCCGGGAACACCCAUCAUGCCUAGUCCUGCAGAUUCAACAAAUUCCAGUGACAACAUCUACACAAUGAUUAAUCCGGUGCCGCCUGGAGGCAGCCGGUCCAACUUCCCGAUGGGUCCAGGCUCGGACGGCCCGAUGGGAGGCAUGGGCGGCAUGGAGCCACACCACAUGAAUGGAUCGUUAGGGUCAGGUGACAUAGAUGGACUUCCAAAAAAUUCUCCCAACAACAUAAGUGGCAUUAGCAACCCUCCAGGCACCCCUCGGGACGACGGUGAGCUAGGAGGGAACUUCCUCCACUCCUUCCAGAAUGACAAUUAUUCUCCGAGCAUGACGAUGAGCGUGUGAUCCCCUCCUCUUCUCCGAGACGCUGAGAGAGCCGGCAUUUCAGGCGGGAAGAUGCCAGAAAUUAUGCAAGAAGAAGUGAGGUGUCAUUACCCAGGAGCUGGGGAGGGGCGUCUCCCUGCUCCCCCUCAGCCCCCACCCUCCUCCUCCAGUCCCCCCACCUGUCCCAGUUUUAGUUUCAUGCAAUAAAAAGGCCGAACUUUUUAUUCCAUAAAACAUGAAGGACAAAACUCAAAAUAAAAAUAUAUUUCAAGUCAGUGACCAGAAAAAUCCCACCCCUUGCCCAUUCCCAAAAGGACCUUUUAUGUACGUGACACUUUUUUUGUUUGUUUGUUUGGGGUUUUACCGUUAUUGGGAUUUUUUUAAUUUGUUUUCAGGGGGGUUUUUUGGGGGGAAAAUUUUUAAAAAUGGAAGCUUUUAGCAAGCCCCCCCCACCCCACCCCAGUCAACCUCUUUGCUUUCUUCUUUAAAAAAAAAAAAAAAGGACAAAAAAAAAGAAAACCGAAGCCCUGCUGUCUGUCUGUACCCAAGCCCUUCCACCAGGAAAGCUAUAGUCUAGGUGUGAGGUCUCACGCUGUCUUUGUAGCCAUCUAAAAAUAAUGAUAAUAAUAAUAAACUGGGCAGUUUACAAUC